UGAAAAAGAUACUAGAAUCGUCGCAGUUCGCUGAGGGGUCAUUGAUUAGGUUGAUCAAGAAUAUUUCGUCGCAAUCGAAGUACGACAACGUUACAAGGCAAAUUGAAUCGCUCGCUAGGAUGGCGACAGAAGAUGAAAGUGGAUACGUGAUGGCGACCAGGAAUAGUGGAGAAAAUUUUGAAUUGAAGUAUGACGAUGAAGAAUUGUAUGAAGACCUGUUGCCACUCAAAAAAGACACUUCCAGCAGCGAAGACGAAUACGAAUCUAAUGAAUCUGAUAUCUCUGAACACAUUUACGACGAAGUUGAUCCCUUUCAACCCAACGUUGUUAUCCCAAAACGAAGAGAACCAAAUUUUCCUCGCAACUUCGUCGUGUCGCAGCAUUUUGGUCAGGAACUAAUGGAGACGGUAAGAGACAAGAGGACCACAGUUAAACAAGAUCCUAAAUUGGAUCGGGAUUACAUUUAUUCACCUCCACCAGAGCUGCAUGCUAAAGAAACGAGUAGACGACGAGGAAGCUCUGGGGCAAAACCUAUCAACAACACUGAAUCCAAAGCUGAUGCGGUUCGGCGGACAUCGUUUGAGUCCAGCUUCUCAGAGAAUCGACCGAGAAGUACAUAUGUUCGUCGGAGGAGGAAGAAAAGUGACAGUGUCGAGCUGUCAGGAUAUGUUGAGUGCUCUGAAUUAUUUGCAGAAGGUCGUCCACCUUCUGCUUCCGUUUCAAAGAGUUCGCUGUGUUUGAAAGACGGUGCAGAUAGCGGUGAACACGCUAUAGCAAAGCAAAAGAGUUUGAAAAAGCAAGUUAAAGCUUUUUUCAAAAAACGGUCUUCUCAAAGUCAACUCACCAGAAAUGACUCCGAGUCUGGAAAUUCCUGCCAACCAUGUGGCAUAACUCAUGAGCACGAAAAACAAGUUCCAAGUUGUGGCAUCGCAAAGAAAGCCUCCGCCUGACUGACAAAUACGUGAAAAACAAACUAAAACAAUCGUUUUGAGUGAAACAGCAAACAUGUAGUUAUUACUUUGUUUCAUUAUUACUCAACGCACACUGCAACAGUAUCUAGAGAGACGUGUGCGUAACUAUACAUAUACUACAGUAGUAUGUGCCCCCCUCGUUGCUAUACAUUGUACUAUGGUUGUCUACCUAAUUUACAGGAAAUAUCAAUUUUCAUAAAUGUUG